AUGGCGGACGACGUGGAUCAGCAACAAACUACCAACACUGUAGAAGAGCCCCUGGAUCUCAUCAGGCUCAGCCUGGAUGAGCGAAUUUAUGUGAAAAUGAGAAAUGACAGAGAGCUUCGAGGCAGAUUACAUGCUUAUGAUCAGCAUUUAAAUAUGAUAUUGGGAGAUGUGGAAGAAACUGUGACUACUAUAGAAAUUGAUGAGGAAACAUACGAAGAGAUAUAUAAAUCAACAAAACGGAAUAUUCCAAUGCUUUUUGUCCGGGGAGAUGGUGUUGUACUAGUUGCCCCUCCAUUAAGAGUUGGCUGAAACAAAGAAUUUAUCAUGUAUGGAAUAUAGGAGCUUUUGUAUGAUUGCCUCUUUAAAUGUAGAAGACAUUCAGAAGAGAAACCUGCGUAAAUUUUGAUAUUAAGAAAUGACCAAGGAUUCUUCCACUCCUGAAACGAGUUGAUUUGCGGAUAACUAAAAAAUUCUUAAGCUAAAGGGCAUUUUAAUUUUUUUCCAACCCUUUCAAUAAAUGUGAUCACCAAGAUGCA